UUUGCUUUGAACCGACCAUGUCGAGCAACCUCCAAGUCAUCUCGCACCGCCUCGACAGCCUCCCGAUCCGCGGCUUCCUCGGCGUCUCGAGCUACUACUGGGGCCUCCUCCUCAAGACGGGCGUCGGCUGGGCGAUGGACUCGAUGGACACCUUCCUCUUUACGUACGCCAUUAGCCACUGGUCCAAGGACAUUGUCAACUACGAUAUCGAGACCAAGACGAUGACGCCGCUCAGUGGUCGCCAGAAGGGCCUUCUCGGCUCGGCGGCUUUUGCCGGCUCGCUCUGCGGUGCCAUCAUGUUUGGCCAAAUGGCCGACCACUACGGCCGCAAGCCCAUGUUCAUGGCCACGCUGCUCGUCUUCCUCGUUGCGACGCUCAUCUGCGGUGCCGCCGACAGCUACGGCAUGAUGCUCUCGUUCCGCUUCAUUGCCGGCUUUGGUCUCGGUGGUGAGCUGCCCGUCGCCGCCGCCUUGGUGCAGGAGCUCACGCCGACGGCGGUCCGCGGUCGCAUCAUUGUGCUCCUCGAGUCGUUUUGGUCGAUUGGCUGCAUGAUUGCGGUGCUGCUCGCGAUCGAGCUCACCAAGCACGUAUCGUGGCGCGCCGUGUUUUAUAUCUCGGCGAUCCCGGCCGUGUACGCGGUCGCGAUCCGGUUCAUCAUCCCCGAGUCGCCCAAGUGGCUGGCGACCGUCGGCCGCAUGGACGAGGCCGAGGCGAUCGUCGCCAAGAUUGAGCGCGCCCACGGUGUGACGUACGACAAGGAGGGCGAGGCCGCCAAGGUCGAGCCGCUCGUGUCGGAGCGCAACACGACCUUUGACGUCAAUGGCCUCAAGCCGUACGAGCGUGUCGCGCUCAUGUUCCGCGGUGAGUUCCUCGCGCGGACGCUCGUGCUCUGGGUCGUCUGGAUCUGCAUUUCGUUUUCGUACUAUGCGAUUUACGUCUGGCUGCCGGUGCUGCGCUCCAAGGAGCCCGGUGGCUUCAACCUCAACGGCGCGACCGGCACCAUGUUCUUCAUCAUCUUCUGGCAGCUCCCGGGCUACAUCUCGGCCGCGUACCUCGUCGAGAUCAUUGGCCGCAAGAAGACGCUCGCCAUCUUCCUCGUCGGCGCGUGCGUCUCGGCGCUCGCGUUUGGCUACGUCAAGAACACGCAGGCCAAUUUGAUGAUCACCGGUGCGUUCAUGUCGUGGUUCAUGCUCGGCGCGUGGGGCUCGCUCUAUGCGUACACGCCCGAGAACUACCCGACCCCGAUCCGCGCCAUGGGUGCGUCGUACCCGUCGGCCUUUAGCCGCAUCGGCGCCAUUGCUGGCCCGUAUGUGGUGCCCAUUAUGAUUGAGAACAACUGUACGAGCGAGACCAUCAUGUGGGUCUGCACGGGCGUGCUCAUGUUUGCGGUCGUCAUCCUCGUCGUCUUUGGCUUUGAGACGCAGGGCCAAGACGUCGAAACGGCGCCCAAGGUCGAGGCCUUCUUGGCCGAGCGCCGCGGCGAAGGCGUCCAGACGCCGGUGCGCGAGUACUGAUGUCUCUAUCUAUAAUGCAGUCUUGUCGUUUGGUCUUCUUUCACACGGAACUGGUUUUUGGC